GUUUCCACGUGCCUCUGUUUGUAAACAACUCAAAUCGGCGUCGCGUUUUGACGUGAAAUUUGUUUGAAGUUCCUUCUCGAUUACCAGGUGGAAGAUGUCCGUCAGUGCUCCUAGUAUUUUCAUGCUGAACGUGACAGGCCAAGUGGAGAGCGGAAAGUUUAUCGAAGGAGAUAAUCUGUAUUUCUCAUACUGCUUUACUUCAGGGCAAGACUGGGAGGCCAUUUCUGGUCUGGAAGAGUGCAUCUCUCAGAUAACGCGUCGUAGUGAUGACGAGAGACAGAUCUUCACCUGGAAUUUCCCAAUCGAUAUUACCUUCAAAUCAACUAAUCCCUUUGGAUGGCCCCAGUUGGUGCUGAGUAUUUAUGGAACAGAUAUCUUUGGAAACGAGGUAGUUAUGGGGUACACAGCAUGUCACCUUCCAUUGGCUCCUGGAAAACACACGCGCAAACUCACCACUUUUGUACCAGAAUCCGCAUCUACCAUUCAAAAAUUCAUGGCCUGGCUGACAGGGCGAAGACCAGAGUUUGUCGACCCAAAAUUAAUAGCACAGGGCAGGGGACGAGAAGUGACCCGCGUAAGAUCUCAAGGAGAAGUAACAGUCUCUUUCAACGUAAUGAUGAAGGACUUUGCCAAGCUUGGAUAUGACUGCGGCGCUCCUCCACGAACACCCUACUUUGAUGUUCCUGUCCAGAACGUCAAAGGACCCGUGCUAAGUGGUGCAGGACAUAGUGAAGCUUAAUACAUAUGGAUGGAAGUUGCUUGAUCCAUAUAGCAUAAUCUCUGGUUGUGUAGAGUUAUUAUGCUCUUCUUCCAUACCACAUAGUCUUAGCCAAAUGAUGUAUAGUCAUGAGAGAAUGUAUUAUAAUGCAGUUUGGCUGAAGCUUUAUAGUACAAAAGAGUUUUGCAGUUUGAAAGGAACAGAGGUUGACCUGGAUCUGUAAUACUUUCUUAGUGUUUCAGUGUAAUGGCAACUGUCAUGUACUAAUGUAUGGUAAAAUACUUUUUUUUUUUACAUUUUACAUAUUUUUGGAUAUGUGUGUAGGCCCUUCAAAAUUUAAUUUUGUGAAUAAUGGUAGAAGUUUAAAGCUAUUUUCUAAUCAUUUGUACUGCUAGUCAUUUCUACAUAAAGUAUUUAGGUAUUUGAUUUUUAUACAAGUAUUUUUUAUUAAAUUCCAUUACAACUAUAUGAUUACUGAAGUCUU